CCAACCAAAGAUAUCUCUUCACACAUACAUACACACUCUCCAUGGAAACUCUUUUUCUUGUAGCUGUUCUACUUCUGGCUCUCUCCUCUUCCUCUUUCACACGAGGCCAGAGAAUCAUACAGAUUCCACCACCACGUCCAUUAUGCGUCUCUCAAUACGCUCUGGCUAACUACGCCUGCUCACGUGUCCCAGUGACCACCGUCCUACCUUCUUCCCCCACUGUCCCACCUUCUCCGCAUAUCGAUCCUCCUCCUCCUCACCAUGACCACCGUCACCAUGAUGAUGACCAUGACCACCGUCGCCAUAAUGAUGAUCAUGACCACCACGACCAUGACGAUGACCAUGAUGAUGAUGACCAUGACCACGACCAUGACGAUGACGAUGACCAUGACCACGACCAUGAUGAUGAUGAUGACCACGACCACGACCAUGAUGAUGAUGAUGACCACGACCAUGACGAUGACGAUGAUGACCACGACCACGAUCAUGAUGACGAUGAUGAUGAUGAUGACCACGACCACGAUCAUGAUGACGAUGACCACCAUGAUGACGAUGGCCACCAUGAUGAUGAUGACCACGACCACGAUGGUGACCAUGAUCAUGAUGACGACGAUGACCAUGACCACGAUGACCACGACCACCACGACCACCAUCAUCAUCAUCACGGAGAUGAGACGUAUGCUCAACAAGAUUGCUGCAAAUGGUUGAGGCAAAUAGACAACGAGUGCGUGUGCGACCUUCUGGUUACGCUUCCUCCAUUGCUAUCAAAACCUGCUCAUAACUAUACAGUCUUUGUGGAUGAUUCAUGCAUCGUCACAUUCACCUGUGGAGGCAGACUUCUAAACUAAUUGUCUCGUGUCUCUUCUCCUUGAAAGACACUUUUGUUUAUCCCUUUUUUUUUUAUAUCUUAGAUGUACUACGUUUGUUUUAUUUUACCCCCUUGAGUUCAACUUGUUGUAUGCUCACACUUGACCAGACAAAAGUCAACCAAAAGAAAAAAGUAAGUGGGUUAUCGUUGCGUGAGCUACACUGAAUCGAUGCGCGCCUCAUCUUUCAUUGCAUAUGGGCCUAUCAGAUUAUCGUUGCGCAAUUUUAUAAAUUUAACUUCAGACCCGUAUAUUGUAUUUACCCUGCAGGGUGAGAGCAACAUUAACGGUGAGUAUGUAAACUUAAUUUCUAAACAAAAUAAAAUUAUUAUUUAAUAACA